AUGGCAUCUGCAACAACCAUCCCAUCUCAGACCCUAGCCAUCACUCACCACCGAACAAACGCCAUCAUGUCCAGACGUCUCAUCCCAGAUGAUACCCGAAUCCAAUUCGUCAAGCAAAUGACCAAACAUACCUUCACCAACCCCGCAACUGUUUACGAAGCCCUCUGCACCCCUGGCUCCAUGAGAAUCAUCACCCCCCACCGGUUAGACGGACACAAAGACCUCGCCCAACUCGGCGACGCAGCCCUACGUCUAAUCCUUACCAAAGAUGGCUACCAGGCCCAUGCAACAAGAGGACAAAUCAACAACACCCACAGUAGCAAAGCCAGCAAUGCCUUCCUAGCAAGAACAGGCUUUCAAAAGGGCCUCGACCGCUACCUCUACGUCAACCCCUCGCAGGGCGGUACCGUCUCCGACAAAGUCAUGGCCACAACUGUUGAAGCCAUCUUGGGCGCCGUCUACAUCGACAGCGGCGAGAACAUCCAAGCCGUACGAUCCGUGGUGGCGGAGUUGGGUCUCGCUUGGCCUGCAUAG